AUGCCUCGUCGAAGGCCAAGAAGAGAAGGCCAGCUACCCCGUAGGCGCAUGAAUAUCCAAGAUGACGACGGCUGGACUCAUGUGACUAGCGGGAGGGGGAAAAUCAAUGAUAUCAGACGAGACCAAGCCACCGCUCACUCGCUGCGAGACGAGUUGGUGCCCGCAGAGAUACCAGAAGGCCUGACGCUGAAGAAGCUACUCGAGCAAUACGAAUCCCACAGGCAAAAGUGGCUAGAAUCCCACACCUGGAAGACCCUGAGAAGCUCCAUCGAGAAGAACGAGAAAUCCUUUGAGGCAACAGAGAUUGCGAACAGCGUGUGUAUCGCACUAGGAAGCCCCAGUGGAUUUCUACGUGGCGGCCUCGUUGACCGAAGGAGCGUCUCUCUAUUCCAGUUGGCUGCCUUCAAGUCCAUGGUUGAUGUGCUCUCUGGACCUGAUUCAUCAGCGAAAGUUGGAAGAUGCUAUGCCCAAGAUCCGGUUUUUAAUACCCUUGACACCGAGCUGCUGGAAUCAUUGGAUAUCGAGGUGGUGAGAGAUUCAAGUGCGUUUGGGAUGGUGAAUGAGAAGACCUUUCUAUUCGCUCCGGGGACAGAGAGGAUGCAUCUUCUCGAGCUCCUCCCACUUAAUCCCGUCGUGUUUUUCGGCGGCCCACUCGAGAGCAGUCACUCAGGAGGAGAGCACCGUUCUCACGAGCUUUACGCAGAGGAUGCAGUCAGUGCGUCUCCCGGAGUUCGAACCGAAUACGGCACCGUUCUGGGGAACGAGUCUGUUCUGGCGAGCAGGCUGACUCGUCAACAAAUGGGCCUUCAGCUAGCCUCUGCCCAUACAGCCCCUCUACCAAUACCGAGACACGCAUAA